AUGUACAGACAGGUAAAGAUAGCUAGAAAACAUGUUGACUAUCAGAGAAUAGUUUGGCGUGAAGAGACUGACUCAGAAAUUAAGGAUUACAGAUUGUUGAGGGUAACCUUUGGUAUAUCUUGCGCACCAUACUUAGCAGUAAAGGCCAUGCAUCAACUUAGCAUUGAUGAAGGUCAUUAUUUUCCCUUAGCUGCAAAUAGAGUCAGAACAGACUUCUACAUGGAUAAUCUCAUGACAGGUUGUCAAACUGAAAUAGAAGCGAUUAAAGUAUACAAAGAAAUGAAUGAAUUAAUGAAGAAGGGAGGAUUCAAUUUACAGAAAUGGUCUAGUAACAGAAAGUUGUGGCAAGAAGAUAAUGGAAAGGAUAUGGAGAUCAGAGAAGACGAUACUAUAAAAAUUUUGGGUCUUACUUGGAAUCGUUUUACAUAUGAAUUUGAAUACACGGUUACGUUAUCUUCUGAAAUUGCACUUGAGACUAAACGAGAAAUUAUAUCGGAAAUCAGUCGUUUAUAUGAUCCUCUUGGGUGGCUUGCUCCAUGUAUUGUUACCGCGAAGAUAUUUAUUCAAAAAAUGUGGUUAACGGGAUUUGAUUGGAACGACCGAUUACCGAUUGCACUCGUAAAUGAAUGGGAACUCUAUCGACAAGAAUUAAGUAAAUUGGUAAAUUUUCAUUUACCUAGAUGGGUUCAGACGUCGGAUGAUGACGCUAUUGUGGAGCUGCAUGGCUUUAGCGACGCCUCUAGUGUAGCUUAUGCUGCAGUAGUGUAUAUCAGAUGUAUUAAGUUAGACGGUAGUGUUGAAUCCCGCCUCGUCACAGCAAAAACUAAGGUUGCUCCUAUUAAACAAAUCUCGAUACCAAGGCUCGAGUUGUGUGGAGCUGUUUUAGUCACAAAGCUGCUGGUUGAAGUGGCAAAAGCCUUAAACAUCCAUAAAGCUAGAUUACAUGCUUGGACGGAUUCGACAAUUGUUUUGGCUUGGUUAAGCGAUCAUCCCAGUCGAUGGAAAACUUUCAUUGCUAAUCGGACUUCGGAAAUCCUUAUGUAUCUAGAUUCGUCACAGUGGUCCUAUUUAAGUACUAAAGAUAAUCCCGCUGAUUAUGCAUCGAGGGGUAUCAAACCAGCUGCAUUGUUGGAUAAUCAAGUGUGGAAGUGCGGUCCAAGCUGGUUGCUUAAUAAUGUUAUUAAAUAUGAAAAACCUGCUUCCAUAUACACUAAAACGGAACUAGAAUUAAGACCUACUAAAGUACAUGCAGCUGCGACGACAGACCCAGGUACGGACUUGUCUACUCGAUUUUCAUCAUUAACAAAAUAUAUACGCGUAAUCGCUUUCUGUCGAAGAUUCCUUCAACUCAAAUCUCCCAAAACGACUGUAAAGAAUUCGCCUUACCUGACAGCGAAAGAAAUCCAGGACGCACUUGACUGUUGCAUUCGACAUCACCAAUCCGAUGCAUUCGCGGUGGAAAUGGCAAGUCUUACUAAAACUAAAAAUAUAAGUAAAAAGAGCAGACUGUCAAUGCUCAAUCCAUUUCUGGACAAUUUUGGAAUUAUGAGAGUCGGGGGUCGCAUGGAUAAGUCGAACUUAUCAUAUAAAAGUAAGCAUCCCAUUAUAAUAGAUGGCGCAUCUCAUUUAGCAAGGCUUAUAGUAGCUGAUGCCCAUAAUAAAACGAUGCAUGGUGGACAACAAUUAACUUGUAAUUAUAUAAGAAGUAGCUAUUGGGUGACCAAAUUAAAAAAUAUAGUCAAAAGUCACAUUCAUCAUUGCGUCCCAUGCAUUAGACAUGCAGCUACUUUUCGGACUCCUUUGAUGGGUCAAAUGCCCUCAUGUCGAGUCACUCCUAGCAAACCGUUUUCAAAUGCAGGUGUUGAUUAUGCAGGCCCUAUAAACAUACGUGCUUCCAAGGGUAGAGGCCAAAGGUCUUACAAAGCCUAUAUUUGCCUUUUCAUUUGUAUGGCCACACGAGCCGUUCAUAUCGAAGCUGUUUCAGAUCUAACCACGGAAGGCUUUUUAGCUGCGUUUAAACGUUUUAUAGCACGAAGGGGUCGAUGUAACCAUUUAUGGAGUGACAACGGAACAAAUUUUGUAGGGGCUUCGCGAGAACUGAAAAAACUAUUUGCAAAUGAAAAAGCUACCCUGGCCUCUGAGAUUGCAUCGGCACUGGCAACUAAUAACACCGAAUGGCAUUUUAUUCCUCCACAUGCUCCAAACUUUGGUGGAUUAUGGGAGGCAGGAAUAAAAAGUGUAAAGUAUCAUCUGCGUAGAGUAAUAGGUGACUCUACUCUUACAUAUGAAGAACUGUCAACGGUACUGGCUCAAAUUGAGGCGUGUCUCAAUUCGAGGCCACUGUCAAAUGGUAGUUCUGACCCUGAUGAUUGUGUUCCUUUGACGCCAGGUCACUUUUUAGUGGGCGAACCCUUGGUAUUAGCACCUGAUCAUAAUUUAGAAUAUAGCUUGGUAAGUAAUUUGAGACGUUGGCAACUAACACAGCGCAUGGUUCAGAUUUUUUGGAAGCGAUGGUCGCAAGAGUAUUUGACUCAGUUUUUUCAAAGGUAUAAAUGGAAAACGAAAACCCCGGAAUUAAAAAAAGGUGACAUGGUCUUAGUCAAGGAUGAGAAUUUACCCCCAGCUAAGUGGCUUUACGGUAUAGUUGUAGAUGUUCAUCCGGGUAGCGAUAACAUCACUCGUGUAGUUACUCUUCGUUACAAAAAUUCAACGAUUCAACGUCCAACCUCUAAGCUAUGUCUCUUGCCUAUUGAUGUGAAUGAAAUCUAA